UUAUAUUUGACCGUAAGUUAGGAGGACACAUGCGCUCUUUUUAUUUAUUUUCAAAUAGACGAAUGCGAAAAGUCUAAGCGCCUUAUCAGCUGAUUUACCUAACACCAUCCAAUUCAACAACACUCUUCCCGAAAUCCAUUAUUAAUACUAUUUUGUAAGGUGUACCGUUAGUUCUAAGUUUAGAAUUUCAGUCAGAAUAAUGGAUUCUAUAACUCGAGAUAGCACAGCCCCUCGGGAUCAGUUAUUAGCAGAGCUUCAUCGCUGUGCAGGUCUAGGCGAGACCGCUCAUGUUUCUCGAAUGGUGCAAGGGAUGAAGUCCGGGUUGGAUGGUCGCAAUGAGCAGGGAUGGACAGGUCUCAUGCUGGCUGCUAGAAAUGGACACGCUGAUGUGGUCAAGCUACUGCUACAAAAUGGGUGCGAUCCAUUCUUACCCAAUAAAUCAGGCCAGAAUUCUUUGGAUAUAGCUGAGUUCUGGGACCAUACAGAGGUCAUCAGUCUUCUGAAAAAUGACCCCCAAAUCAAGAAAGUGGCCGACAAGGAACUGAUCAACUUCUUCGGUCUCAACCCUCUUGAUCGCCAGAGUCACCAAAGAACCAACAAACAGUGGUUAGAAGAUGCGAUGCAAGCCCCUACAACUACCUUCGUCCUUUACAGAGACUUGAAUCCAUACAUCAUCCCUUCUGAAGACAGCAAUGGAACAUUCCAAUAUAACCUUGCUGCCUUCUCCUAUGCAGAAAUCUCAUUUGCCUUGAAGGAGGAAGCUUCCAUUAUAUUUCUAGGGGUAGGGUCACUCCACAUUUCAAUGAAAAAAAAAGGAAAUGCCCAAGAGAAGAGUUCUGAAGAGGGCGCUUGGUUUGCUUUAGACGUUGCCAGUAUUCCUUCAGAAGAUCUACAGAAAAUCAAGCCCGAGGCAGAGUUAUUGCCCAAGAGGAAUCGCAUGGCUAUCAUGUUACUGAGGGCAGAAGAUGCUGGAAUCAUUGCUCUGGGCAAGUCCGUGCUGGCCUGGCAUGACAGGUAUAAGUUCUGCCCAACCUGCGGUGCACCUACUACCAUAGCAGAGGCAGGAUAUAAACUUGUCUGCACAAAAGAAGGCUGUAGAAGUCUUCAAGGUGUUCAUAACACCUGCUACCCCCGCCUAGACCCUGUGGUAAUCAUGCUUGUAGUCUCAGAGGAUGGUAAGAGUGCUUUAUUAGGAAGGAAGAAAGGCUUUCCAGGAAAGAUGUACUCUUGCUUGGCAGGCUUCAUGGAACCAGGUGAGACUAUUGAGGAUGCUGUGAGGCGCGAGACCAAAGAAGAGAGCGGGAUCAUCGUAGGCAAGGUCCAAUACCACUCCUCCCAGCCAUGGCCGAUGCCUUCCCAGCUCAUGAUAGGAUGUAUCGCCAAGGCAACCUCCUCCAAGAUCACCGUAGAUGAAGACGAGCUGGUGGAUGCUCGUUGGUUUACUCGACAUGAUGUGAUUGAGAUGCUCGGGUCGUCGGGUGGUUCGGGGUCUUCCGGGGGAGGUAUGUUUGUACCUCCCGGGGCAGCCAUAGCCCAUCAAUUACUUAAACACUGGGCCAAGAUGUCUCCAAACCUCUGAUCGAUUCCUACAUUCCUCUACCAAAAAUAAGGUUUCUUGAAAUAAGUAUUUUUUUGUCCAUCUGUGUACCCCACUAGCUCGUUGUUAUACUCAAGAAUCAUUUGAUCUUUUAAAUACAGUCAUAGAAAUGAGUGCAUAGAACCUUUCGAUUCGGUGCUAGUAUGCUUUAUCGAGUAGUACAGGCAUACUGAAGCUUUUCAUCUUGCACUCAUAAAGAUUGAUUUGAUUUUCUGUUCAUUCUUCCAUUUUCCUCUAAUAAGUGUAAGAUGAAACAGUUCAGACCGUCUGUAUUUAAAGCCAUUCCUCUAUGUUUAAAUAUAAUCCUUUUAUGUCAUGCUCAAUGGAUACAAAAUUACCAAUGAUAGGUUAUAUCAAAUUCUUUCUCAGUACUUAUAUUACUACUACAAUCAUUAUAGAACUUCCGAACCACUCUGAAUUUACCAGAAUUACUUGCAGUUUGAUGUGUUAUGAACUGUUGAGACUUGGGGCUUAUUAGGUCAAAGGUCACCAGUGUCAAUUUAUACAUGUAAGUAUAGUAUUUUAUUCACAAGAUCUGUAGAUGCUAAAUUUGUUUGGCAAUGAUACAGUACAAUAUUUAUAGAUGGAACCUUCUUGAUAGUAUGUUGUAUUUUCUAGAUAUCUGUGAGCCCCAUCCUUCUUUUAUCAUUUGCUAUUGUCUCAUUUUAAUGUCAUGUGCUACAUCAAGAAUUUAAUUUUAAAAUAUCAAAACCCAUCAUCGGAUCACUACUUUUUGUAAUUGUUGUAAGUGAGAUAUUAGUAAGAGAGCUAUAUCCUCAGCCUUUUUACCUAGCUGUGUUGACUUACGUUAAUGUACACAUUAGUACUAAGUACUACAUGUACAAGCUCAACAAACUUCAAAAGAUGAUCAAAUAAUAAUGUACAAUUUGAGAAAGAAAAGGUUACAAAUAUUGGAGAAAACAUUAUGCAAGAAAAACAGAAUUUGCUGCAUGCAUUUCAAAACAAAACAGUGCCCUCACUGCGUUGGGGUAAGCCGUGAUUUGUUCAAUUAUUUAUCAUGUGUGUAUAAAACGUAUUGUAAUGCCAGUGAUAUUAAUUAAUUCUGAUUGAUAAUAUUUUCAUUCUAAACAAUUUUUCCAGAUAUGCGUUUCUGGAAAAAUUGUUUAGAAUGAAAAUACAUGUCUCCUUUCACUUUGUAGUAAAAUGAAAUGCCUAUUUGUAUUCAGGGAUUAUCAUUUGAUCAAAUGUAAUUAUCAAGUGCAAUCAAUAGUUUCAAUUUUUAUGAUGAAUUGAAUUUGUCAUAUAUGUAAUUCUUUGAAUUGUUAUGUAUAUGAAUAUAGUUUUUAUAUUAUACAUAUUCAAAGAUCUCAAUAAAUCAUGAAAUUGAACUUGCUA